GGCUCGGCGGCACCUCCCACAGACGCACAGCGGCAGCGCAGCUUCCACCGACAAUGAUAUUCAAGGCACUUGCGGCUCGUCUGCGGCGAUAGGAGAAAAAGAGGAGAGAAAGAGAGCACCUCGCCUCCUCAAGCAGCGAGUGGGGUAGAGACAGAGCGAGAGGGAGAGAAGAGGCUGUGGAGUUAAAAGCAAAGACAGCAGCGGCUUGGACUUCCGGCGAGGAGGGUUUAAUUGUCUGCGCUUUAUCGUAAAGUGUUCAAUUUUCACACAGAUCCGACAUGUCAUCGUCCGGUAAAGACAACAGCGGUGCCCAACAUGCCAAUUACGUGGGACCUUACCGUUUGGAGAAGACGCUCGGGAAGGGACAGACAGGGUUGGUCAAGCUCGGAGUCCACUGUGUAACAUGCCAGAAAGUCGCCAUAAAGAUUGUCAACCGUGAGAAACUCAGCGAGUCAGUACUAAUGAAGGUGGAGCGAGAAAUAGCUAUUCUGAAGCUCAUAGAACACCCACAUGUUUUAAAGCUACAUGACGUCUACGAAAAUAAAAAAUACUUGUACCUUGUGCUAGAACAUGUGUCUGGUGGUGAGCUGUUUGACUACUUGGUGAAGAAAGGCAGGUUAACGCCUAAAGAGGCCAGGAAAUUCUUCAGACAGAUCAUGUCUGCCCUGGAUUUUUGCCACAGUCAUUCCAUAUGCCACAGGGAUCUGAAGCCAGAGAACCUGUUGCUAGAUGAAAAGAACAACAUCAGGAUAGCAGACUUUGGCAUGGCCUCCCUUCAGGUUGGAGACAGUCUGCUGGAAACCAGCUGUGGAUCUCCACACUACGCCUGCCCAGAGGUCAUCAGGGGAGAGAAGUAUGAUGGGAGGAAGGCAGAUGUCUGGAGCUGUGGGGUCAUUCUUUUUGCCUUGCUGGUGGGCGCCCUGCCGUUUGAUGAUGACAACCUGAGAAAUCUUCUGGAGAAGGUGAAGUUGGGAGUGUUUCACAUGCCACACUUCAUCCCUCCAGACUGUCAGAACCUUCUCCGUGGCAUGAUUGAAGUGGAUGCUACCAAAAGACUAACGUUAGAACAGAUCCAGAAGCACACAUGGUACAUAGGGGGGAAGAACGAACCAGAGCCAGAGCAGCCUGUGCCCAGGAAGGUGACCAUCCGCAGCCUGCCCUCUGCAGACGAUAUCGACCCAGACGUACUGGACAGCAUGCACUCCCUUGGCUGCUUCAGAGACAAAAACAAACUACUGAAAGACCUGCUUUCAGAUGAUGACAACCAAGAAAAGAUGAUCUACUUCCUGUUGUUGGACCGUAAGGAGAGAUACCCAAGUCAGGAGGACCAGAAUCUUCCCCCUCGCAAUGAGAUCGAUCCUCCGAGGAAGCGGGUGGACUCUCCCAUGUUGAACCGCCACGGCAAGAGGAGACCAGAGAGGAAGUCCAUGGAGGUCCUCAGUGUUACAGAUGGAGGUUCACCUGUGCCGGCCAGGAGGGCUAUCGACAUGACGCAGCAUGGACAAAGGUCGCGGUCUAUUAGUGGAGCCUCCUCUGGCCUCUCCACCAGCCCCCUAAGCAGCCCACGGGUUACCCCUCACCCCUCCCCUCGAGGCAGCCCCCUCCCCACCCCAAAGGGUACCCCAGUGCACACCCCUAAGGACAGCCCAGCUGGGACCCCCACCCCAACGCCGCCCCCCAGCCCUUCCAUCGGAGGCAUGCCAUGGAGGACACGCCUCAACUCCAUCAAGAACAGCUUCUUGGGUUCACCACGCUUCCACCGCAGGAAACUCCAAGUUCCCACACAAGAGGAGAUGUCCAGCCUCACACCAGAGUCUUCCCCAGAACUUGCCAAAAAAUCCUGGUUUGGUAACUUCAUCAACCUGGAAAAAGAGGAGCAGAUCUUCAUUGUCAUCAAAGACAAGCCUCUCAGCUCCAUCAAGGCAGACAUUGUUCAAGCCUUUCUCUCGAUCCCCAGCCUGAGCCACAGUGUAAUCUCUCAGACCAGCUUUCGAGCAGAGUACAAGUCCACAGCCGGCCCUACAGUCUUCCAGAAGCCGGUCAAAUUUCAGGUGGAUAUCACCUACACGGAGAGCACAGCUGCCACUAAGGAGAAUGGCAUCUACUCUGUCACCUUCACCCUGCUCUCAGGACCCAGCCGGCGCUUUAAGCGAGUAGUGGAGACGAUUCAGAGCCAGUUGUUAAGCACACAUGACCAGCCUGGGGUCCAACAGCUGUCUGGCAGCCCAUUGAGUAACUUCUUUGACGUAAUUAAACAACUUUUUUCAGACGAGAAGAACGGACAGGUGCCCUACCCCUCUGGCACGCCCUCCAAGCACUGCCCCUCGCCCAUGCACGCCCGGAGGCACGAGCCAGAACUUAAUGACACCAAAUGCCCCGCUGCGGGCCGAGACAGAGCCAAGUUGUCGGUGGCGUCUGUGGGGACACAGGAUGAGUCUUAAAUUGAGACACUGUGUAGUUGAGCCAGUGCUAAAACCCAUCCCAGUAUCACUAUAAGCCAGCGGCGCAAAGAGAAUAUUCUAUCUGUACAUAGCUAGAUGUACUGUAUAUAAUAAUUUACGGACUUUUUUUGUAUAAAAUGACUUUAUAUAGAUAGAAUUAUAUUGAGAGAAUCAAAGUGAUAUUUUACACAGCAUACUGCACUUACAUGAAAAACACACUCCUGUUCUUCCAUUGCCCUUUUCAUUACCCAGUGUCCACCAUUAUCAUCCAUCCCUCCACUCCAACACUGUAAUCACCUGUGGCCCUUGCUCUGUUUUUUUUGCUCCCUUGCCGCUAACCUGUGUGAUGACCUGACUUGUUUCUGAUACCAGGAAUUAUCCAGAAAACCUAUUAAGUCCGUCCUCCUGCUCCCUGCUCCGUUCGCCCUCCCUCGACCACCCCUCCACCCCCCCUCCCCAAGCGUGCCGAGAGAGACGGACAUUUGUUGACGGAGGACUGCUUUUAGAGGUGUGCUCAGAAGGGGGUGGGGGGGUUACCAUGGAAACAGACCCUUCACGCAGACUUCUACCUUCAUAUCCCUCUGCGCCCUUCCUACACCUCUGGCAGCCAUCAGUAGACAUAGUUGAAAAUACCUUUAGUGUACCCCAUUUUGGAAACAUACAAACACACACGUGCACAACUCAUCCACACACAUCCCAAUGAAACAAAAACGCAAACUCCCUUCACCAACUGGCCCCUUUCCACUUAUCGAGCUCAAGGAGCAUUGAUUAAAUGGAAAACAAGCAUUUUACAAAAAGACACUACAUACAAAAAAACACACACAUGCAUACAUGCACAGGUCCAGUAUGCACAGAAAACUCUGGGAUGUAUUCACAAGAACAUGAACAACAACAGCAACAACAACAACAACAACAAAAAGAGGACUCGCAGAAAAAACUGACUGAUUCAGAGGAGGAGAGAAGGAGGAGGAGUUUUGUGGAAAGCCCAAACAGCCGACGCGGAUGCUUGCUGGAUUGUAUUUGUUUGCUUUUUAAUGUACUUUCUUUGUGGACAACUGGGUUUCAAAUACUAACUGACUUUAUUAGACUUAAUACUAUUGCUGCAUAUGGACUGGAAUUGUGAUUUCAGAGAGGAGCAGGUUGUGAGCAGAACAGGGCAGGGGGACAG